AGGCAAAAUUGGUCGAGUCGUCUGGACCAAAAGUUUGUUUCCCGUUAUUUGUCGGCAAUUACAUGAAUACUUUGGCUUGUGAAAUUGCCGCUGUGGACUUGUAGAACCACACAGUGGGGCGACACUCUUUAGUUAGGCGCCUUUCGUGGCGGAAGGCAGUCAUCAUGUUACUUGCAGUGAUCGCUAUUGUGUUAGCGUGCAUCGCAGUUUGGAUUUCUCAUGGUUUUCUGUAUACAGUGGCAGCUUCUGCUCUUUUUGUGGCACUCUACGCCUUAGUGUUCCAUACUAGGUGGUGCUACGUAGCUCUAAAAACUACACCAAGGGAUUUAAGGGCACUGAUAUCUUAUCUGCAAAUACUGUGGACCGCACGGAAGUUUUCCAAUAAGAACUGGACCCUGCCGGAUAUAUUCCAUGAUGUGGUUCAAAAGCACCCAGACAAACCAUGCUUCAUGUUCCAGGAUGAAAUAUGGACUUUCAAAGAGGUUGAAGACUUCAGUCUUCGGAUGUCUGCUGCCAUGAAAGCCCAGGGGAUAAAGAAGGGCGAUGUAGUCGGGCUGCUCGUCAGCAACUGUCCCCAGCUGCCUGCGAUGUGGCUGGGCAACGCCCGCCUCGGAGCCAUCACUCCUCUCAUCAACACCAACCAACGGGGAAAUGCUUUACUGCACUCGGUCAAUGUGGCCAAAUGUGACGUCUUAAUAUUCUCGGAGGAAUAUCACUCUGCUGUUCAAGACAUUUCAAAGGAACUUAACCCUUCAUUGAAGCUGUUCAAGUUUACCCAUCGUCCCCUUCAGCCUUCCAAUCCGAAGCAAGAAGGGGCUGGGGACAGUAUACCAGACUUGACGUAUCUGCUGGAAUCCACGCCACCAGCCCCGUGGACCUUGGCUAACGCUGACGGGUUCCGUGGGAAACUGCUGUAUAUCUACACUUCAGGGACAACCGGCCUUCCUAAAGCUGCAGUGAUAUCCAAUACCAGAUUUGUGUUCAUGGCAACGGGCCUCCACUUCUUACGGCUGAAGAAGUCUGACAGGAUAUAUUGCCCGCUGCCACUAUACCACACGGCUGGAGGGGUCAUCAGUGUAGGCCAAGCCCUCAUCCUUGGCUGCACAGUAGUGAUCAAGGCCAAGUUCUCAGCGUCCCAAUACUUCCCAGACUGUGCCAAGUACAAAGCCACGGCAGGGCACUACAUCGGAGAGAUGUGCCGCUACAUCCUGGCCACGCCUCCGUCUCCCACCGACACGCAGCAUAACGUACGCAUCAUAUACGGGAACGGACUGCGGCCGCAGAUUUGGACAGAAUUCUUAAAAAGAUUCAACGUGAAGCACGUAAUAGAGUUUUACGGGGCUACUGAAGGAAACGCCAAUAUUGCGAACACCGACGGUACCCCUGGAGCGAUCGGGUUUGUGUCCCGGAUCAUCCCAUCCGUGUAUCCCAUCGCCAUCAUCAAAGUGGACCAGGAAACGGGAGAGCCCAUACGCGAUUCUAGAGGUCUAUGUCAGCUAGCUCAGCCAGACGAGCCAGGCGUGUUUAUAGGAAAGAUCUCCCACAACAACCCUUCUAGAGAAUACCUGGGAUAUGUGGACAAAGCCGCCUCGGAGAAGAAGGUCGUUAAAGAUGUGUUUGCGCAUGGAGACCUGGCUUUUAUAUCGGGCGACAUCCUGGUGGCGGACGAGCUGGGCUACCUGUUCUUCCGCGACCGCACGGGCGACACCUUCCGCUGGCGCGGAGAGAACGUCAGCACCACAGAGGUCGAAGCCGCUGUAUCAAGAGUCGCUGAUCAUAGAGACGCGGUUGUCUAUGGAGUGCUGGUGCCAAAUGUGGAAGGUCGCGCGGGCAUGUGUGGUAUCGUCGACGUAGAUGGUUCCUUAGACCUGUCUCAACUGGCGCGUGCGUUGGCCCGCGACCUGCCCGCCUAUGCUCGUCCCGUGUUUCUUCGGGUCAUGACCAGCGUCGACCUUACGGGAACAUUCAAAAUGAAGAAAACAGAUCUGCAGAAGGAAGGAUACGACCCCUCUAAGGUUAAAAAUGAUAAACUUUACUACUUAGACGUCAAACUAGGCAGGUACCUUCCACUCGGCUCCGAUGAAUACGAGAAAAUAAAUAAAGGAGAAAUUAGAAUAUAAAUUAAUAAACAAUAAAGGCCAUUGCUCAAUUAAUGGUGCUCAAUAGCAUGGAAAAAUCUCUCCGAGAUAUUUGAUUGGUUGUAAUAUUUAUGCGUAAUUAAUUUGUUUUAUUUAUUACUUUAAAAUAAAAUUAAUCUAUACUUCUAUACUAAUAUUAUAAAUGCGAAAGUAACUCUGUCUGUCUGUCUCGUUUUCACGCCUAAACCACUGAACUUGGUGAUUUGGCAUAGAGAUAGUUUGAGUCCCGGGAAAGGACAUAGGAUAGUUUUAUCCCGGUUUUUGAAACAGGGACGCGCGCGAUGAAGUUUUUCAGUGACAGACAAAAUUCCACUAGUUUAGAAUAUUAACUGUACUGUUCCACCUGUAUAAUUGAUCAAAUCAACAAGAAAUAUUAUGUUUUCUAGCGAUUAUUAAGACGCGUGAUUUAUAUCGCGUUAAAAGUAAUUGAUCACAACUUUCUUUGAAUCAGUUAAGCAUUUGCCUGCAUUUAAGCCUGUUAAAUGAGCAAUGACCUAAAUAUCAAGUGAUUUCAAGUAAUAAUAUGUUGUGGUGUUGGUAUUUCUGCUACUUGUACAAUUAAUGGUUAAUUACGGUUAUAACUCAACAACUUUAACUCAUUAUGUUCUGACGAUGUAAUAUUAGUUAAUUAGAAUAAAAAGUUUACUGUUAGAAUGUAAUGCUGUCCAAUGCAAUUACUAGGCGAAUUCAUUUUAAGUAUUAUUAAAUAAUAAAUAUAAAACCUUGUUAUUACUGAAAAAAGGUCAACAAUAUUUAGAUCUGUCAACUAUGAAUGUUAUAGCUCACAAAACUUUGUUGUAAAAGUAGUUAUCUAACUUUAUUUACGCAUUUAUAAUUAGACACCAACCUACAAUCAUUUUCUUAAAAUCGCGCUAUUGGUUAAAAUAGGUAAACAAAAUUUGUUGAAGCUAAAAUAAUAAAUAAGUACAUAUUAAUUAAUAUAUUACACUCUUACUCAUUUAACUGGUGUGAAGUAUAUUUUAUAAAGUACAUUAUUAAAUAUAUGAAGAGGAUUGAAUAUUUUGGCAACGCUUAUGGAUGCUUAUUAGCACAAAAUAUAAAGAAAUAUAAAGUUUGUCGACACAGGGAAUAAUUUAACUGUACUUAGUAGAUAGCUUAAAUGGUGUCGGUAAUAAUACUCGAGGAGCUUAAUUAUAAUGUGAAAACAACAAAAACUUGUAUAUGUAUACUACAGUCAGCGUUUUGUUCGUGACACCCUGAGUAGCCAAAAGUUCGCAACACGUCUUUGUUAUGAUUGGAAUAAGGUUGUGUUGUCAACUUUUUAGCCACUUUGGGUGUCACGAACUACUUAUUUGACGCUGACUGUACCACACAGACUGCGGUACUGAGAAGAGCUCGCAGUAAGGCAAAAAAAAAGAAAUAGCGUAUUUUGUGAUUUUAAGUUAUUUUAGGCAAUCGAGGCAUGCUCGUGCUGUGAGAGUUUAGCUAUACUACUUGUCUAGUUGUAUACAAUAUACAUGUUUUUGAAAAAAAAAUAAUACAAAGAUAAAAUUCAAUCCUGAAAAUCAUCUUUCCGCACUGUGCGCCCAGAACUGUUGACUGAUCUGAUGAAAGAAUCUCAGUAGAUGAUGACUGACUACUGCCUCUGCUUUUAUCUCAUGAUACUGUCCGCUGAAAACAAAUAAAUAUGCUAUAAUAUAAAGCAAUCUAUAUUAGGUCUAUUAGAUACGAAAAUGUAAUUUAUUUUCAAUCUAUUUUCACCGUUAUUUAGUAUUUAAAAACAAUUAAGAUCUGUCAAAUGAAACUGUUGUUCUCGUUUACGAAUUUUUAUAUCCCUAGAGAUAGGUCUAAGCAAAUUGUUUAAAUAAAUUAUGUACAUACAAUAAUUAGUUGUAAUCUGAUGUAACUUGUUAUAUUGAAAACUUUAAUUGAUGUAAAAAUCGGGGUUUUGUCUAAAUUAAACUUUAAAAACUGUAGCAUACGUGUUGGUAUCAAAUAAUUCUGUUUAUCUGGACAUCUGUCCUGCCAGGCUAGGAUGCGCGCCGUGAUAUACUUUAUCGACAUCAAAAUGUAUGGCCAAAAAGAUAAAUGGCGUGAUUGAUAACCGCUUAUCGCGACGCGCAUCCUAGGCCUACUGAACUCAUAUUGUUCUAUUAUUCUUCAUAGAGUUAACUUCUUCUUCCUUUUUGGUGGUUCUUCCUUUUUAAAUAUGAAUCAUAUGAGGAGAUGAAACCUAGAGUUUUCGUAUACCAGUAGGCAGGGUCUGAAAUCAAGAGUUCCAAUGUCGAAAAUCUGAAAAAUCCCGAUAUUAAAAACUAAUGAAAAAUAUUGACGCAAAACCCCGUUAAGAAGUUAAUAGCAAUUACUGUCUUAUUUGUUUAUGUAUAAAUAUUGUUUACUUGCCGUAUAUGAAAAUAUUUUAUCAAAUUCACAUGAUAAUGUCCCAAUAACAAUCAUUCCAGUCUUUAACAUUGAGACUGAAAAAUAUCUCUUUUAUGCAUUUCGUGAUGUUAAAAAUGUAUAAUGCCUGAUUAAUUAUAAAUAUAUUUUUAUACAAA